GUCAGAUAUCCCCGUACACACGGGCAGCUCCAAAACCCAAGCAGCAGCGCCAACUGAUACUUAAAUAAAGUUGUCUCCUUUUCUCUUCUUCAUCAACUUGAUCGACGCCACCCUCUUUUAUGGAAGGUGGCGCACGAUAAAGCUGUGAACCAGAGAAAACUUAAGUAAAGGCUCGAUUUCUGAUUGAAUUGAAAAAUGGGUCAGAAAUUGAGUUGCGGAGCAAGCUUAGAACAUGUAUUGUUCAAAGCAAUUCAAGUUGGUGAUAUUGAAACUGUUAAAUUCUUAUUAGAAAGAGAUCCAAGUCUACUGGAUCAAACUACUGUUUAUGAUCGACUGUCUGCACUUCAUAUUGCUUCUACUUAUGGUCAGAUCGAGGUUGUGGAAAUGAUAUUGGAUCAAUUAGUUAAUCCAGAUAUUGUUAAUCGUCAUAGACAGACACCACUUAUGUUAGCCGCAAUGCAUGGGAAAAUCUCUUGCGUGGAAAAGCUCUUAGAAGCUGGAGCUAAUAUUUUGAUGUUUGAUUCUGUAAGUGGAAGAACCUGUUUACAUUAUGCUGCUUAUUAUGGUCAUUCAGAUUGCUUACAAGCAAUUCUUUCAGCUGCCCAUUCUUCCCCUGUUUCAAUUUCAUGGGGUUUUGCGCGGUUUGUGAAUGUUAGAGACGAUAAUGGAGCGACCCCAUUACAUUUAGCCGCUCGUCAAAGACAUCCAGAUUGUGUUCAUAUUCUGUUAAAUAAUGGAGGUCUUGUCUGUGCUUUGACCAGUGGGAACAGGUGUCCAGGAAGAACGCCACUUCAUUUAGCAGCUCGAGGUGGUUCUUUGGAUUGUGUUCGAGAAUUGCUUGCUUGGGGAGCAGAUCGAAUUAAAAGAGAUGCAGCUGGGAGAAUUCCAUAUGCUGUAGCAUUGAAGUAUAAGCACGGAGCAUGUGCAGCACUGCUGAACCCUUCCUCGGCAGAGCCUUUGGUCUGGCCUUCUCCAUUGAAGUUUAUCAGUGAGCUGAAUCCAGAGGCUAAAGUCCUCUUAGAAGGGGCACUUAUGGAUGCUAACAAGGAGCGAGAGAAAAACAUUUUGAAGGGUACAUCGUACUCGGUUUCAUCCCCAUCAGCUUCUGAUACUGACGAUAAUGUCUAUGAGAUUAGCGACUCCGAGCUGUGCUGUAUCUGUUUUGAUCAGGUCUGCACUAUUGAGGUUCAGGACUGUGGCCACCAAAUGUGUGCACAUUGUACACUAGCCUUGUGCUGUCACAACAAGCCUAAUCCGACUAGUACAUCACAGUCCAUUCCAGUCUGCCCCUUUUGCAGAAGUAAUAUAGCAAAACUUGUGGUAGUUAAGAACAACAAGAUUGAAAGUGAUGCAGAUAUAGAUAUGGACUCCUUGAAAUUAAGGAAGCAAAGGAAAUCACUCAACUUGAGUGAGGAAAGCAGUAGUUUCAGGGGUAUAUCAGCUAUUGGUUCAUUUGGUAGGAUAGGUGGCCGAAAUUCAGGAAGGAUUGCAGCUGAUAACAAUUUGGUGGUUGAUAAACCCUGAAGAUUGACAAUUAUAUGUCUAUCGGAACCCGGAUUCUGGCGUUCAAGAAUGUAUAGUAGGAAAUCCCAUUUGCUUCUGUUGUAGAUUUCAAAGCAUUGAAGGAGCAAACUAGAGGAAGACAAUGAGAAAACAAAAUGGUUUGGAAGUUAUAAAUGAUCUCAGUUAAUGAAAUUUUACUGAUGUAAAAUGUAUGUAUCAGAUAGGUCAGGCUUGCGUUUACGGUUGAGAUUCUAUUUCGGAUUGAGUUUCGUCUGUCAACUACUGGUGGUAAUUCUUCGUAGAGAAAUCAUAGAAUUACAGUUAUUGAGUGAAGUUUUGUGAGCAUGAAUGUAAUGUUGGUUUUUAGUUUUAUAAAUUGAAUUGCUUGAUGCUUGUAAGACUUGAGAAAGUAAUAGAGAAAGUCUUUUUGGUAGACAAGAGGAAAAAA